AUGUCGCGGCCUUCGUCGAUUCCGGGCGAUGGCACCAGCGACCCAUUUACGAUGCAGGAUCCACGCCCUACCCCUUCCUCAAGGGAAAAUUCACACGUGCAUCACAUUCAUGAGUUUGGAGAAGUUGACCGCAUUGUUCAUGUGGCACCAAGCGAGACGAGCAUCACGGACGACCACGACCCAGUCGUACCGGCCUCUGCCGACCAGAGUCCUUCCGCGAAGAUCAAGCGCGAAAAGCGUGUCUGGAAUCGCUUGUUCCAUGACCGCCAUCUCAUGCAGUACUUCUAUCAGGGGACAUUGUAUCGCACGGUCGGAAAGCGGAAAGUUGGCACUGAAGAACUUUUCUUUGACUUGGUCAUAGUCGCUGCAGUAGCAGCCUUAGGCCAUGAGUUACGCAUUUCGGAGAUUACCUGGCAGUCCACAGAGAAGUUCAUUCUGCUCUUCUCGGCAGUCUACAACAGCUGGCGACAAAGCGUUCUCCUGUGGAACUUGUGGGGUAUUCAGGAAGAUCUGUUAGAAAAAGCAGGCAUAUACGUGACAUUUUUUGCUUUGUCAGGUAUUGCUUUGGGUGGUCACAAUGCCUUUGAUGAUCUAGCCCGCCCUUUUGUGGCUGUUUCAGCCUUUGUCGCAAGUGCCAUUCCAGCUCUGGCAGGAGUUGCGUGGUCUUUCUCGGAGAGCUUGAUGAAGAACCCCGCCAAUCGAGUUAACCAGCUCAUUUUGUCAGACAUUUUCACAUUCGUAUCCAUCGUACCGUAUCUGAUUGCCGCUUGUGUUCGAGAUGAAAACUUGACUCGGAAUUUGUAUUGGGUUGCCUUUGGUCUUCAACUUGCGGCUUUAUUGAUUCCGCAUCAACUUUAUCGGCAUUUGCACAGAAGAAUCGAUGAUUAUACUCGUAUUGCCUUGAACAUUGAACUGGUAGUAGAGAAGUAUGAAGUUUUGACGAUGAUCGUCCUCGGGGAAACAAUGAUUGGGUUGCUGUUUGAAGGCGGGAGUAAGUUUUGA